CGACGACCCCUCCCUUUCCUCCCUCCCUCUCCGUUUCUCUCUCUCUCUCUCUCUCUCUCUCUCUUUCCAUCUGCCGGCCCCACAGCGAGCAAGCGAGCGAGCUAGCGAACGAUGGCCGCCGUUGCCGUCGUCGGGUUGAUGGCUCGCCGCAGCGGCACCCUCCUCCUCCUCGUGAUUGUCGCCAUCAUCGCCGGGACGGCCUCGGGGGCCGCGCUGGUGGGCGACAAGUGCGCCGCGGGCUCGCAGUCGCCGUGCGGCGACGGGAUGCGCUGCGCCUCCUGCUCCCCGCUCGCCGGGGCCGGCGCCGCCGUGUGCUCCCGGAUCACGCCCAUCGACCCCAAGACCCACGGCACGGGGCUGCCGUUCAACAAGUACUCGUGGCUCACCACGCACAACUCCUUCGCCAUGGCCGGCACCACCUCCCCCUCCGGCACGCCCGUCCUCUCCACGCCCAACCAGGAGGACACCGUCGCCGACCAGCUCAAGAACGGCGUGAGGGGGCUGAUGCUGGACACGUACGACUACAACAACGACCUCUGGCUCUGCCACUCCUUCAGCGGCAAAUGCUACGAGAUCACCGCAUUCCAACGGGCGUCCAAGGUGUUCAAGGAGGUGGAGGGCUUCCUCAACGCCAACCCGGACGAGGUCGUCACGCUGUUCGUCGAGGAGUACACCGCCGCGGGCGCCCUCGGCAAGGCCCUCUCCGCCGCCGGCCUCACCAAGUACGUCUUCCCGCCGGCCAGCAUGCCCAAGGACGGCGCCGACUGGCCGCCGCUCAAGGACAUGAUCGCCCAGAACCACCGCCUCCUCGUCUUCACCUCCAAGCAGGGCCGCGAGGGCUCCGACGGCGCCGCCUUCCAGUGGGACUACGUCGUCGAGACGCAAUACGGGGGCGAUGGGCUGGUGGUGGGCGCAUGCCCUAAGCGGGCCGAGUCCAAGCCCAUGGACUCCAAGGGGCAGUCGCUGGUGCUGCUCAACUUCUUCACCACCAACCCCAGCCAGAGCUGGGCCUGCGUCAACAACUCCGCGCCGCUCAUCUCCAAGCUCAGGGCCUGCUACGACGCCUCCGCCAAGCGAUGGCCCAACUACAUCGCCGUCGACUUCUACAUGAGGAGCAGCGGCGGCGGCGCCCCCCUGGCGACCGACGUGGCCAACGGGCGCCUCCAGUGCGGCUGCGACAGCAUCGCCUACUGUAAGGCAAACGCCUCAUUUGGAACAUGCGCACUGCCAUCGUCAACCCUGUCCUCGCCUCCCUCGUCGCCGCCGUCACCCUCCCCACCUUCGGCUUCCUCCUCGCCGAAAUCUUUGGCAUUGGCUUCGUCACCGUCUUCAAAACGAUCCAUGGCCCCGUCUUCGUCGCCCUCUGCAGCUCCAGCUCGGUCACGGUCGUGGUCUUCGUCGGCAGCAUUGUCCUUGUUUUCUUUCAUGGAUUCGAACGUGGACCCUUCUCUAUCCACAUCUGUAGCUUUGUCACCUUCCUUGGCCCCGUCUUCAUUGCCCUCUCUGGGUUCCGCUAAGCCUUCGACCCUCUCCCCACUAUCGUCGCCCUCUGCUUCCUCCCCGUCAUCGUCACUGUUGAAUAAGUCUCCAAAGAAGAAGUCUCCAAAGAGCACGAUCAACGUGAUGUCAGUGGAUGAACUCAAUCCAGAGAGUACAACUACAGAUGAAGGGGCAACACCAAAAGCGUCUUCGAACAGUACUCCAAAUCAAGGGAUGUCGGCGGAAGCAUCUCCGAGCGGUACUCCAGACACCGGGGCACCACAGAGAACGCUUCCAAAGAGCAUAGCAGAACCGCCGACACCCACGACACAUCCCGAGGCGGAGAACACCUCCAGCGCGGCGAUCCGGCCCAAGACCCCUCGCCGGAGCUCCCUCAUCGGGACCGCGUUGCUCGUGCUGAUCUCAUUGUCUUGAAGCUUGGUCACCCGAGACUCCGUCGGGGGUGAACGACUGUGCUGGAUAUGGAGCCGACCUCAGAUCUGUAGAGGCACUUCUCAGCCCGCUACUUGUACAAUGGCGGCGUAUAGUCAGGCUGAUAGUUUUUCAAUCUUUUCCAUGGUACUGAUGCCAUCAGCAUGUCUCUUGCAUCAUCGGUGGGUAGCCAUGCACAAAUAGUUAGAGCUACUUCGAUUCUCUCUAUCUUUUUUAUUGUCAGAUCAGAGAUGUGUAAACUGAACCGGGGCCGGUCUUGAGAUUUUGGGGGCCCGGGGCGAACGUAAAAUUUGGGGGCCCUUAAUAUAAA